UAAUGCGUGCUUUAGACAAAAGUUACACAGGAUUUUCUGUCACUUUAAAGUUUGGUACAGUGUCAAUGAAAUGAUAAACAUAAGCACUGUGAUAUGCUUUUUCGGUCACUUUACAGUUUGGUAGAGUGUCACAGAGAUGUGAACUAGAUGACAAAGAGAAUGAUUUUAUAUAGAAACAGGAUGUACUCUAAGUAGUGCCACAUUUUAAAGCAACUUUAGAAUUUGGUAGAGUAGCAAGAUUAAGUGAAGUAGGUGUUACAGAGAAGGAUUUUAUUUAGGACAAAAAUGCAGUAGAAGAAACUAGUUUGCUUAAACUUUUGCUCUUUUCAGUGACAUUAAGUGCCUUUGUCUAUGUGAUCUUGGAGACUUGGAGUAGUGGUAUAGUGCCUUGCACGGAAACUCUUAUUGAAUAAGGCUAUGAAAGAUGGUCUCCGCUCAAGCUUGGUUUCUCUAAACAAAAAUGCAUCACAAAUUAGGAAGCCACCACAUCGAAAAACUUCUCCUCUAAGUUGGUUCCCUCGUCAAAAGGUGGACUCCUAUUUGAAGAGGAAAAUUAAGUUGCUGCAGGAAGUAGAUGGUAUGAAUUCAACUCUUGAUGAGACUUUGGGUGAUUCUAAUCCUCAUUAUUCAAGAGUUUUGAGAGAAAAAAUUGCAGUCAGGGAGGCUGCUCAGAAAGCAAUGGAGGCACGGAAGGCUGCUAUGGUUGAAGCAUCUUGGUGUCGAAUACUUAAAGCAGCCAGGAUUGAUAAUAAGCAAGCAGAAGAGCAGUUGAUGAAGGCAGAGAAAACUUCAGAUGAAGCUUUUAAAGCUGCAACAGCUAUUGGAGUGAUAUUAUAUGACAUUCCAGAUGCUUCACCGAAGCAUUACAAUAUAGAAACAUCAUCAGCUAAUGGAGGAGGAUCCACCAUGCACACUGUUAGAACAUCUUUCGAAACUGCAUUUGAGGUGGAUAAGCAAGUGGCUUCAGCAGUUAAAGCUGCCCUUAUCAAUCUUGCAAAUUGCCCGUCAAUAAACAAAGACGAGUUCAAAGAACUGCUCCGUAAGAUCAGUCAAAACCCUGAUACAGAUGAAAACUAUCAUGAACCUUCAGAGAUUUAUUCAGAAUAUGAAUCUGAUACUGCAUCUGAGCUCGAGUAUGGCACACAGAAGGACCACGAUUGUCAUGAAGACACACAUUUAGAGAUGGAGUUUGCAGGGGGAAGACAAAGGAAAUGUAAGAAGCAGCAGGUAUCUGACAAGUUUAAUAUGACAAACCUUGUACAGAUGAUGAUGGAAAGACUUAAGUGUUUGCAAGAAGAUGAACUUGCAUCUCUUGCCACUAUCGUUGCAACUUGUGGGUUAAAUGCUGCUCUUGCAGAAGCUGAAAACCAGAAACAUCAUAAAGUGGAACCAGCAUCUGAUAAUAAAUCAGACCUGGGCCUUGAUCUUCAUGGAAGAUUACCUUCUUCUGGAACUGUACGAGCAAAGGAUUCAAAUGUGGAUGAGGCCUCACUUCCAAGCCUAGACAAGUUUCUGGUAAAGCGGUUGACAAGACUUGAAAGGGAGGUCUUAGAAGCCAAGAAUGCAAAAAGGAAUUUAGAGAGUGAAGGACUUGAACAAAGGUCAGAUAAAUAUGAAGAUGAAAGACUUCCUUCAGGUGAUUCUACAAAUUCAAGCCAAAAUAAAUUGGAUCUUGAAAGUUCUCUUCUGAAGCCUUCUUCAAAAUUUGAGAGGGAAAUUGAAGAGGCCAAAAAAUGUUCAGAGCCAUUAAUAGGAAGCAAGUCUAAAGCUUCAAACAGUAAUGCGAUUUCCUCUGACAUUCCUGACCUUGGAAGUGUAUUGGUAAAACAUUCUUCAAAGCUUGAGAAAGAGAUCGAAAAAGCAAAGAAGAAUGUAAAACCUUAUGAACCACAUGGUAGGGCAGUUGGCAAUAAAAAACAAGACGUUGUGGAUGAGCUUCCCAGUCUAGAUAAAUUUCUAGUGAAACAUGUGUCAAGACUUGAAAGAGAAGUGCAAGAAGCAAAAAACAGAAAAAACGUUUCCAGUGGAGGACAGUUCACCAAUUUGAGUGGGACAACCUCUUCUGUAACUUCUACAACGGAUCCAGAAGACAAUUUAGUGCCAUCUGGUGGAGUUGCUGAAAGAAUUCCUUCAUGCUUUGAUGGGGACAAAGAUGAUAAAAGUACAGUAUCAGAUAAUAGUCUGGACAAGAUUCUAGUGAAGCCAAUUCAUCGUCUGGAAAGGAUGAAAAUGCAAGAAUCGUCAAUGGGUGUCCCCAGAUCUCAGAGAAAGCAUGGAGCAGAUGCUGCUGCAAAUUGUGAUGGGCUAGAUAAAAUAUUAGUGAAGCAUGUCUCAAGGCUGGAAAAGGAGAAAAUGGCAGCUGCAAAAGCAGCAGCAGAGAAGGAAAAUCUGCCGAGUGUAUAUAAGGUCACUAGGAAGGAAAUGGUGAACAAUGAAGGUAGUUUGGAUCAAGUUUUGGUCAGACACAAAUCUAGACUGGAGAAGGAAAAGAUAGCUGCUGCUCAGCAACCAGAUGACCAGAUUAGGCAUUCAGUUUCUCGUCGAGAAGCAAGGGAGAAAGAAUUGCAACAAGCAUGGGGAGGCAUGAGCCUCGGAAACUCCAUGCGCCCUCAUCUCUCCAGACUCCAGAGAGACAAGGCUGCUUGGCUUCAAGCCGAAGAAGAAGAAAGGAGAAAAGUCUCAGAUGAUAUGUGAAAUCAAGCAAUCAUUAUUCAUUCAUUUUGAGUGCACAUAAACCAGGGUUCUAGGGAUACAUGUUUGGGAAUGGCUAUCAAAGGAGCCAAAAAACCUUAAUAAGCUCAUUGUAAUACUUUUCAGCUUUUUGUCAAUGGUGAUCUGCUACCAUCUUUUUUUCACUUC